GGCGCGCGGGUCCCCCCUGCGCCUCCCCGCCCCCGCCCCUUCCCCGCAAACUUUUGGCACCCGGGCCGCCCAGCCGCGCGCCCGAGCUCUGCGGGCGCGGGGCCGUCAGGAGGAGGGGCCGAGGAGGGGCGGAGGGGCGGCCCGCCCCGCCCGGCGACCGCGGAGCCGCUCGACGCGCCGGAGAUGCAGAGCGGAGGCUCCGCGCAGCAGACCCCGCGCGCCGCCUGCUCCGGGUGCUGAAGGCGCGGGGACACGGCCGGGCGCCGCCGCGGAGCCCGCAGACCGGGAGCGCGUCCGCGUCCACGCAGCCGCCGGCCGCCAAGCACCCAGGGCUCCCCGCACGCCAGGACGUCGGAGGCGGCCGCGAGACAUGCAACCGGCCCGGAAGCUCCUCAGCCUCCUGUUCCUCAUCCUGAUGGGCACCGAACUCACCCAAGUGCUGCCCACCAACCCUGAGGAGAGCUGGCAGGUAUAUAGCUCUGCCCAGGACAGUGAGGGCAGGUGCAUCUGCACGGUGGUCGCCCCCCAGCAGGCCAUGUGCUCGCGGGACGCCCGCACGAGACAGCUGAGGCAGCUGCUGGAGAAGGUGCAGAACAUGUCUCAGUCCAUAGAGGUCCUGGACCGGAGGACCCAAAGGGACUUGCAGUACGUGGAGAAGAUGGAGAACCAGAUGAAAGGACUGGAGUCCAAGUUCAGACAGGUGGAGGAGAGCCACAAGCAGCACCUGGCCAGGCAGUUCAAGGCGAUAAAAGCGAAAAUGGAUGAACUUAGGCCUUUGAUACCUGUGUUGGAGGAGUACAAGGCCGAUGCCAAAUUGGUAUUGCAGUUUAAGGAGGAGGUCCAGAAUCUGACGGCAGUGCUUAACGAGCUGCAAGAGGAAAUUGGCGCCUAUGACUACGAUGAACUGCAGAGCAGAGUGUCCAAUCUUGAAGAAAGGCUCCGUGCAUGCAUGCAAAAACUAGCGUGUGGCAAGCUGACCGGCAUAAGUGACCCUGUGACCAUCAAGACCUCCGGCUCCAGGUUUGGUUCCUGGAUGACCGACCCCCUGGCCCCAGAAGGUGAUAACAGGGUCUGGUACAUGGACGGCUACCACAACAACCGCUUCGUCCGCGAGUACAAAUCCAUGCUGGACUUCAUGACCACGGACAAUUUCACGUCCCACCGCCUCCCGCACCCCUGGUCCGGUACGGGGCAGGUGGUCUACAAUGGUUCCAUCUACUUCAACAAGUUCCAGAGCCACAUCGUCAUCCGGUUCGACCUGAAGACGGAGACUAUCCUCAAGACGCGCAGCCUGGACUACGCGGGCUACAACAACAUGUACCACUACGCCUGGGGCGGCCACUCGGACAUCGACCUCAUGGUGGACGAGAACGGGCUGUGGGCCGUCUACGCCACCAACCAGAACGCCGGCAACAUCGUCAUCAGCAGGCUGGACCCGGUGUCCCUGCAGGUGCUGCAGACCUGGAACACCAGCUACCCCAAGCGCAGCGCCGGCGAGGCCUUCAUCAUCUGCGGCACGCUCUACGUCACCAACGGCUACUCGGGCGGCACCAAGGUCCACUACGCCUACCAGACCAACGCCUCCACCUACGAGUACAUCGACAUCCCCUUCCAGAACAAGUACUCGCACAUCUCCAUGCUGGACUACAACCCCAAGGACCGCGCCCUGUACGCCUGGAACAAUGGCCACCAGAUCCUCUACAAUGUCACCCUCUUCCACGUCAUCCGGUCUGACGAGCUGUAGUCCCCGCCCCCGGUCCCCAGGGGCCCAGGCUCCACAUCCUCACCCGCCUGGAAACUCCUGUGGGACAGCUGCCAAGGUAACGUGGGUGAGACGAACAAGGCUCGUUUUGAAAACUCAUCAGCAACGUGGACUCCGGCGUCUCGGGGGCGAGGGGCGGGGUGGGGAGGCGUUGCCCCCAGGUUUCUCCAGCUCCAGCCGGAGGGCGCCCGACGUGGGAAGAAGCCCCCGUAUUGACGGCUGGAACCACAGCCCCAGGGCUCCCCGGUUCCCCUGCCCCGGUCCCCCUUUCUGGUCAAUAUACUCAAGACACAGGGCGAUGACUGUUGGCCGGCUCUCACCGAGAACAACCUACUGUUAGGGCCGCAUGGACUGGUCCGCAGACCGUGGUCAGCUCGAUGGACGUGAGUGUUGUGUCUCACUGAAGCGCCCCCACCGCCGCCCGGGCUGUGCUCGGCGACAGAGGGGCGACGUAGGCUCGUGUAGCUGCAUCUCAUCACCACCGCCGUCCUCAACCAUGUGUAGUGUCUUAGACGAACUGUGCUGAGCCUCCGAGAAGCCCGUGGACCCACAUGUAGUCCCCCAGAGCGGCGGCCGACGUGCGUGGACAGGCGCAGGCCCCGGCGUCGGACCCUCGUCCCCCUAGCUCCAUUGUGCGGUGUCUGUCUGUGGCUCCCUUGAGGUGGUGAAGUAUCUCUUUAGUUGAUGCCAUGAAUGUCGUAAAUGCAAUGCCGUAGUUUGGAUUAAUAAGUGGAUGGUUUUUUGUUUCUCAAAAGAAAAAAAAAUAAACACACACACACAUCAGUGUUCGCCCUAGUAGAGAUGAUCAAGGUUGAUAAUCAUUAAAGGAAAUACCCUCUUCUCGUUAAAUUAUCUUAAAUAGUGUAACCACGGAGAAGGGCUCCUCUCGGGAAACUCUGGUUUCCAAAGGGAAAGAAAUGCUCCUGUGGGCAGCGGUAUGCGGAAAGUACAUUUUUUAAGUAAAAAAGAGGGAAACUUUGUACUAUCCGAUUAAGGAACAAUAAAAAUAUUACGAGA